AUGGCAAUCGUGUGGGCUUCCAACUGUAACGAAAGCUGGAAGUCCCUCCGCGGGCUGUGCAGGACGGAGCUUUUCUCUAGCAGAGCAAUCGAGUCGCAGGCCGCCGUCAGGGAGAAGAAAGUUAGCGAAAUGGUCGAAUUCCUUGCCGCUAGAGAAGGGAAAGUGGUUGAUAUUGGGGAAAUCGUGUUAACCACCAUUUUCAACUCGUUGUGCAACCUUUUCUUCUCCGAGGACUUGUUGGGGUUGGAAGAUAGUAAGGGGAAGGCUAGUGGGUUAAAGAAUCAUAUUUGGAAAUUGAUGGAGCAUGCAACUGCUCCGAAUAUUGCUGAUUUUUACCCUGCUCUGGGACCCCUAGACCCUCAAGGCUUGAAGAAGAGGACGGUCAAGGUCGUCACCCAGAUAUUUUCCGUUUGGGAGAUUUACAUCAGGGAAAGAAGGGAAAUUCAUGAAUCAAAACUGCACGGCGAUACUCUGAAAUGGGAUUUCCUGGACGUUUUCCUUUCAAAUGGUUUCCACGAUCAGAAAAUCAAUUGGUUGUUCUUGGAAUUGCUGACGGCGGGAACAGAGACCACCACUACGACAGUGGAAUGGGCAAUGGCCGAGCUUCUGAAGAACGGAGAAGCAAUGAGGAAACUUUACGAAGAGUGGAAUAGAGAUAUUGGGGAGAACCCCAUCAUAGAAGCGAAUGCUUCCCGGCUGACAUUUCUCAACGCCUCCAUAAAAGAGACAUUCAGGUUACAUACAACGCUGGCGUCGUUGCAGUCGACAGCGAAGUCGUCUCUGUACCGGCCUGCGAGCGGGCAGUAG